AAAGUAUGAUCUAUUUUGCCAAAAGGUGUGUAGCACUCAGACAAAUGGAUUUAAAACAACAAAGAGGAUUUAAACAAAUGGAUUUAAAACAACAAAGAGACAUACACAUACUGUCUUACCUAUGCUUGGCAUCCUCCUCAAGCUACUAAAAGAGAUAACUUAGCGUAGGUGCCUCCCAUUCUCUUGGGGACCACAAGUUACAAUUUGCUUGCUGCAGACCCUGACUCUCCAUCAGUCUGUGUCAGCCUGCAGCAGCUGACCUCUCUUAGGGCAGAUCUCAGUGCUUUGAAUUCUGAUCUCCACAUUCUCAGCCUUGGCAAAACAGCCAUGUAACCAGGAUUGGGACCGAGGAGUUGACUCUUCACAGCUGUUAAUAGGAUGCUCCUUAUCUAGGCCAUUGUGUUACCUUUCCUGCUUGAUUACCCUAACAGCUCCCUGUUGCUCUAACUCCAUAGCAAGCAACUCAUUAUAAACACAGAGAGGCACGACCAAUAUUUGUAAAAAUAAUACAAAUGUUUCCUAGUUCUCCUCAGAUAUCUAAACUCUGAACAUCUGAGAACAAAAGAGCCUAUAUCAGUCUAUAAUAGCUGCAGAUGCAGGCCCAGGUUAACCAAUGUGCACUUGGUCACUUACACUGGACCCUCAUCUCAGGUCACCAGUUUUUUGUGGGUGGUGGUAUGACCUGGCACACGGGGUUGCAACACUGCUCAGGAUUGGCUUGGCUGCCCCCUCUGUCAUGAGGGGGGCGGCUAGGCCAACUCUGAGUGAAUGGCAUUGCAACCUAGCACAUGGGGUCACAGUACCACUCAGGACAAAUUUGAGAGAAGAUGGGAGGCCCCCAAUUUCCACAAGCAUAGGGCUCCAAAAUUCUUUAAUCUGGCACUGUGCAGUUGCUUACUGUACUGGUAGCACACUCAAGUUUAAUGUAAUAUGGCAGCUUCUAUGUGUACGAACAGGCUAGCUAAUCCUGCAAAUAAUUGCUUAAAUAUAAUCCAGUGUAUGCAUAGGACCAUCAAAUAAAUGCAGAGUACAAGGGAAAUAUUACUAUCUAACAACAAAACAUUUUUAAAAGGACAAUAGUAUUUACUGACAAUUAUAUAUAUUCCUUUAAGGGCAACAGGAGUAGUUCAGUCUCCAGGGCCCCUGCAGUUCUUGGUCUCUAUACUGAGUUUGUUGAUUAGAGCAAAGGAAGGUGCUGAGUUUACAAAGUGGGAGCUGGAAUUAAACUGUGGUAAACUCAUCUCAUAGAAGGGCCACCAAACAUCCAUUUAAUAGAAACAACCUUCAGUCCCUACAGUGAAAGGCUGUGUAGUCUAUAUCAAUACCAUGUGGCCUCCAGUCCUCCAAUAAGUCAAUUUAAGAAGGAAUCCUUAAUGUAGGUUACCUUCAACUCCAAGAGGGGGAAGUCACACACACUUUGCCAAGAGGUUACACACCUAUCACUGUUGAGCCACACUGGUAUGCAGGGAUCCAAAUCAGCAAGUAUUCAACGUUUUUGAAGGUGCUAUUUUGUUUUUCAGAAUAUAGGCUAAAAAAAGUCUCUAGCUGUUAAGGUUGGGAAGAAAACCUCAAAAACAUGAACCUUGAUAGAGCUUGUGCAAUAGACCAGUAGUGCUAAGAGAUGUGAACUGCUCCCUUCAUCUCAGUGAAAUGCUAACUCAGAUUUAAAUCAUAAAUUUAAAUGUCACCACUGUUAAAUAUUUCAUUCCUCAGCAAAGAAAGGAGAGGGAGGGUCACAGAUCAACACAAGUUACUAUGAGGGAUAUCUCCUUUUGUUGCCACAACCAUGUAGCUCUUUGACAGAUUUAUUAUUCCCCCCCCCCCUUUGAGAAGGAGACACUACACACUCAAGGCACCUAGCAAAGCACAAAACCAUCAUUCAAGCCCCCCAGAAGGGGAGCUAAGCUCCAGGAAGCCAGUGGAGCCCUAGCAGCUGCCCAGUGAAUGGUAUCUUGAACACUGCACAACCCACUGUGAGAGGUAUCUCAUUUUGGCUAUUUGCCGAGGCAGUUUAUUUUAUGGGUAUAGUCUAGCGUGCAUUUCCCUAAUCUGACCCAGUUGGCCGGGCUGGGUGUUCAGGAAGCUAAAGAGGAGAUGUCAUUCACCUGGGAAGUUCAAAUGGAUUCCUUCACCACCACUAGAUCCACACAUUUUAAGAAAAAAAACCUCAGUUACAUUUCUGAUUAUAUGCAAAUGAUCGUAUUAACUAACGUGCAUAUUGUUUCCAUGAUAGCGACUAAGUUGUUCCCAAUUCCCCCCCCGGAAAAGUGGCAACGCUCAACUGGAUCCCAGUGCUGGAUCCGGGGUUUGGUGGGACUGUUGGGCAAAGACGCAUCAGGGCUGGGAUUUCUGUUUUCUGGCGGAGCAGGAGCGGCGGCAUUCUCUACUCAGACAGCGGACCGCGGGGGAGGCAAAAGUUGGCUGGAUCCCUGUUUUGAGGCAGGGUUUUUCCUGGCGCAAUCGGAGCGGCGGGACCCAACAUCAGCAGGCUCCAGGUGGCGGCAGCUUUCCUCUGUCUUGGUUUCCCAGCGGGAGCCAGACAGCGCUUGGGCGGGCCAGGGAGCGAGCGGGCGGGCGGCAGGCAGCGGCGCUCCGGGCUAGCGCGGAGGGGAGGCCGGAGCGGAGCGCGCCGAGCCCCAUUAACAUUCCGUUCCACGUGGUGCUUGUUGUGGGCGCUACAGGUUCCCCACCUGCGCGGCGCGGCGCCGGCGGGCGGAGCCCGCCCCCGUCGCUCGGGGAGAAGUGACAGGCUGGCCGGGGCUCCGAUAGGAGCCGGCCGGAGCAAUUCCCAAGGCAACCCAAGCUCGACCCCCUUCCCAGGCCCCGCCCCCUCCCUGGCGGCGGCGGCGGCCGCGGUGGGAACUGGUCGGGGAGUAAAACUCGACGUGUCCGGAAAGGUGCGCGCCGCUUUCCCUUUCGCUCCGCGCCCGCAGGCAGGGGCCGCGCGCUGCCGGCACCAUGCUGGACCCGUCCUCCAGCGAAGAGGAGUCCGACGAGGUGCUGGAAGAGGAGAGGCGGGAGGUGCUGGUGGUGGCGGCGGCCGGGGGCUGCAGCGGCAGCUUGCCGCGAGCCCUGCCGGCUCCCGCCCGGGAGCCCCGCGCGAGGGAGCCGGGGCGCCAGGGCAGCGGCCCCGCCAGACCGGCGAGCCCCAGCCCCUCGGUGCUGAGCGAGGGCAGGGAGGAGCAGGAGAGGCUGCAGAAAGAGGAGAGGGAGAAGCGGCUCCGGCUGCAGCUGUAUGUGUUCAUCGUGAGGUGCAUCGCGUACCCGUUCAACGCCAAGCAGCCCACGGACAUGGCCCGGAGGCAGCAGAAGCUCAACAGACAGCAAUUACAGAUACUUAAGGAGCGUUUCCAGGCCUUCCUGAAUGGAGAGACACAAAUUGUAGCAGAUGAAGCAUUUUGCAAUGCAGUGAGAAGUUAUUAUGAGGUUUUUCUCAAGAGUGACCGAGUUGCCAGAAUGGUUCACAGUGGAGGAUGCUCUGCAAAUGACUUUAGAGAUGUUUUUAAGAAAAAUAUAGAAAAAAGGGUCCGAAGUUUGCCAGAGAUUGAUGGAUUAAGCAAAGAGACAGUGUUAAGCUCUUGGAUAGCCAAAUAUGAUGCCAUAUGCAAGGGAGAAGAGGACUUGUGCAAACAGCCCAAUAGGAUGGCAUUAAGUGCUGUAUCAGAACUUAUUCUGAGCAAAGAACAGCUGUAUGAAAUGUUUCAACAGAUUCUAGGGAUCAAAAAAUUGGAACACCAGUUGAUGUAUAAUGCCUGCCAACUGGAUAAUGCAGAUGAACAAGCAGCUCAGAUCCGACGCGAACUAGAUGGACGUCUACAAAUGGCAGAACAAAUGACAAAGGAAAGAAAAUUUCCGAAGUUUGUAACGAAAGAAAUGGAGAACAUGUUUAUAGAAGAGUUGCGGUCUUCAGUGAAUUUGCUAAUGGCAAAUUUGGAAAGUCUUCCAGUGUCUAAAGGUGGCCCAGAAUUUAAAUUGCAGAAGUUAAAGCGAUCACAGAAUUCUGCUUUCUUGGACAUAGGAGAUGAAAAUGAAAUUCAGCUGUCAAAGUCAGAUGUGGUGCUAUCAUUCACAUUAGAGAUUGUCAUAAUGGAAGUGCAAGGUUUAAAGUCAGUAGCUCCCAAUCGGAUUGUUUACUGCACAAUGGAAGUGGAAGGAGGAGAGAAACUUCAGACAGAUCAGGCAGAAGCAUCCAGGCCACAAUGGGGAACUCAAGGAGACUUCACCACUACUCACCCUCGGCCUGUUGUCAAAGUAAAACUCUUUACAGAAAGCACUGGGGUCCUAGCCCUUGAAGAUAAAGAAUUAGGAAGGGUUAUAUUAUAUCCAACAUCCAAUAGCUCAAAGUCGCCUGAGUUGCAUAAAAUGAUAGUCCCCAAAAACAGCCAGGACUCGGACUUGAAGAUUAAACUGGCAGUGAGGAUGGAUAAACCACCCCAUAUGAAGCAUUGUGGGUAUUUAUAUGCUCUUGGACAGAAGGUUUGGAAAAGAUGGAAAAAACGCUACUUUGUUCUUGUUCAGGUAAGCCAGUACACAUUUGCAAUGUGCAGUUACAGAGAAAAGAAAUCUGAGCCUCAGGAAUUAAUGCAGCUUGAAGGAUACACUGUGGAUUAUACAGCUCCUCACAUAGGUCUUCAGGGUGGUCAAAUGUUUUUCAAUGCUGUUAAAGAAGGAGAUACGGUAAUAUUCGCCAGUGAUGAUGACCAGGAUAGAAUACUAUGGGUUCAAGCAAUGUACAGAGCAACAGGCCAGUCAUAUAAACCCAUUCCUGCAAGUCAAGCACAGAAGAUGAAUCCAAAAGGAGGAAAUGUCCACAUGGAAUUAUCACAGCUGUCUGGCAAAGAUGCAGAUCGUGCUCAGAAACAUGGGAUGGAUGAGUUUAUUUCUGCUAAUCCCUGCAAGUUUGACCAUGCUUCCCUCUUUAGACUACUUCAGAGGCAGACCUUGGAUCAUAGAUUGAAUGAUUCCUAUUCUUGUUUGGGUUGGUUUAGUCCAGGCCAAGUCUUCGUAUUAGAUGAAUACUGUGCUCGUUAUGGUGUGAGAGGCUGUCACCGCCAUCUCUGCUACCUUAAUGAAUUGAUGGACCAUUCAGAAAAUGGUGCUGUCAUUGACCCAACCUUGCUCCAUUACAGCUUUGCAUUCUGUGCUUCUCAUGUUCAUGGCAAUAGGCCUGAUGGAAUUGGAACAGUUUCAGUUGAAGAGAAAGAAAGGUUUGAGGAGACUAAAAACCGACUUUCUUCCCUUUUAGAAAACCAGAUAAGCCACUUCAGAUACUGUUUCCCUUUUGGACGUCCUGAAGGAGCUUUAAAAGCCACACUUUCAUUACUUGAAAGGGUUUUAAUGAAAGAUAUUGCCACUCCCAUACCAGCAGAAGAGGUGAAGAAAGUGGUUAGAAAAUGUCUGGAGAAAGCUGCCUUGAUCAAUUACACGCGACUUACAGAAUAUGCCAAAAUAGAAGCAACAGCAGAGAAGGAUCCAGAGACCUUGAAUCAAGCAACGCCUGCUAGAAAGCUGGAAGAGGUUCUUCACCUUGCAGAGCUCUGCAUCGAAGUAUUGCAGCAGAACGAAGAGCAUCAUGCAGAGGCACGAGAGGCUUUUGCUUGGUGGCCAGAUUUAUUAGCUGAACAUGCAGAGAAAUUUUGGUCUCUCUUUUCUGUCGAUAUGGAUUCAGCACUGGAGGCACAACCUCAAGAUUCCUGGGAUACUUUCCCACUUUUCCAACUGCUAAAUAACUUCCUAAGAAAUGACAUACUUUUGUGCAAUGGAAAGUUUCACAAGCACUUGCAAGAAAUUUUUGUUCCCUUGGUCGUCCGCUAUGUCGAUCUCAUGGAAUCAUCUAUUGCCCAGUCCAUUCAUAGAGGUCUUGAACAAGAGUCCUGGCAGCCUGUCAAGAGCAUCACCAACAGUCUUCCCAAUGUAGCUCUUCCGAAAGUUCCAAGUUUGCCUCUUAAUCUUCCACAGAUACCUAGCUUUUCUGCACCAACUUGGAUGGCUUCUUUAUAUGAUUCCACCAAUGGUUCAGCUACAUCAGAAGAUCUUUUCUGGAAACUUGAUGCACUGCAGAUGUUUGUUUUUGAUCUGCACUGGCCAGAACCAGAAUUUGCCCAUCAUUUAGAGCAGAGACUUAAACUUAUGGCCAGUGAUAUGAUAGAAGCCUGCGUCAAAAGAACAAGAAUUGCAUUUGAACUCAAGCUGCAAAAGACAAACAAAUCAAUGGACUUGCGUAUUCCUGCCUCUGUGUGUACGAUGUUUAACGUUUUAGUUGAUGCCAAAAAGCAAACUGCUAAACUCUGCAUUCUGGAUGGUGGGCAAGAGUUUGCUGGUCAGUGGCAACAAUACCAUUCAAAAAUAGAUGACUUGAUUGAAGAAACUGUUAAAGAAAUUAUUUCACUUCUUGUUUCAAAGUUUGUUUCAGUGCUAGAAGGUGUGCUGUCUAAACUAUCAAGGUAUGAUGAAGGCACAUUCUUCUCAUCAAUACUUUCAUUCACUGUGAAAGCAGCUGCAAAAUAUGUUGAUGUUCCUAAACCGGGAAUGGAUGUAGCAGACACCUACAUUACAUUUGUUCGGCAAAACCAGGAUAUACUUCGAGAAAAGGUCAAUGAGGAAAUGUAUAUAGAAAAGUUGUUUGAUAAAGGGAUGGAUGAUAUAAGUUCAUUGAUGUACUUGAGGCUGUUUGAGCAAUGGUACAGCAGUUCCAUGAAAGUCAUAUGUAUGUGGCUGGCUGAUAGAUUAGACCUUCAGCUUCACGUCUACCAGCUGAAGACUCUCAUCAAGAUAGUCAAGAAAACCUACCGAGAUUUCAGACUGCAGGGUGUGUUGGAAGGAACACUGAAUAGUAAAACCUAUGAUACCAUUCACAGCCGUCUUAAAGUAGAGGAGGCCACAGUCUCAGUCACUGAUGGGGGAGGACUUCAGGGUAUCACCAUGAAAGACAGCGAUGAAGAAGAAGGAUGAUAGUGAGAUAUUUCACCUAGAAGAUCAACACUAAAUGUUUGUUUUGUAACUUGUCCUUGUAUUUGCAUUUAUAGUUUUGCUUUACCCACUCGAGUACCAAAAAUGUAAUUCAUUCCACUUUUUUAAAUCUGAAAGCAGAAUUAUUGGGAGCAAAAGUGCCAAGAAUUUUUUGAGGACAAUGAUUUUAGCAUAUUUCAAUGUAUAGCUUUGCUUAGAACUGUGAGAAUAUUGGCAUGGAGUUUGAGUUCCACUUGUGAUUAUGUUUCUUUACCUUUUGUUAGAGUUACCAUUUGUUCCUGUAACUCCAUCAAAUAGUGAUGUCCUGUGCAGAAAACAAGAUGUGUGCCUCCAUAAUACACAAUUAUACAAGAAAUCAUUCUUGGACUAAUUCAGUGCCCUUGUUAAAAAAACAGUGUAUUUUCAGGUUUACACUUUACAUGUUUUUUCUUGUUUUGUACUUAAUUUUUCAUUAUUGUGUGAUGUGUGUUAAAAACUUAAAUCUUGGUUCACAGUGCUUUGAGUUUGGUGUAUAAGUAAGAAGACUCCAGGGACGACAAAAUGCACAUAUGCUACUUACUUACUGUGUCUUCUAUUUCCCUACAUUCAUCUUGCAAGUUUAAGGAUAUCUCAUCAGGUUGGAUGUCAGUAAGCUUGCCAUCAGUGUUUCUAUUUCUAUGUGAAAUUUUGCAGGCAAUAAGAACACAUUUUGUCAUGACCGUGUCUGUAUCUAAGUUUGUAUAGAAUUCUAAAAUUAAAAGAUGUUUUCAGUAUUUCAAAUCA